CUCUAAGAGCGUAAUCAAUUAUCAAUUAAUUGUUUGCAUCAAGUAGUGAUAAGCACUUGUACUCAACUAAUCCUGUCCGUCACAUUUCAGUAUAUUUUUUGGACUCUGGAAAACUUCCUUCGAAAUUCGUAAAGAAAGCUCCCUUGAACAUUCAUUCUAGCAUCAUGGGGGACGUCGAAUUCACUCCCCGUGCCUUCAGUAAAGUGAUCCUUCAUGCAGCCAAGUAUCCUCAUUGUGCCGUGAAUGGCUUAUUGCUUGCCAAAGAAGUUAACGAUUCCAAAAACUCCAAAAACUUGGUUUUUGUAGAUGCUGUACCUUUAUUUCAUCUCUGCUUACAAGUCGCUCCGAUGGCAGAAAUUGCUUUAACUCAGGUAGAUCAAAUUGCAUUGUCUCAAGGUCAAGUGAUAGCUGGAUAUUAUUUUGCCAACAAAAAUUUUUCAGAUAACAGCCCGGAUGUUGUUGCCCGCCGCUUAUCUGAUAAAAUUGCAGAAAAUUACAGUUCAGCGUGCUUAGUAGCUGUAAAUAACACAAAAAUGACGCUAGACAUGAAGGAAUCGCCUUUGAGUGUAACACAGUUUUCUGGAAACAAAUGGUCACCAGUCAGCUCUCUUGUCCCUGACAGUAUACUGAACGCAACUUCCAUCAUGCUUCAAGAAAGAUGGCACGAGUUUGAUCUGGUAGAUUUUGAUAAUCAUCUGGAUGAUAUAGCUCUCGAUUGGAAGAACUCAAAGCUGAAUGAAGCGAUAGACAAGCUCGUCGAAACUGGUUGUUAGGCCAAGUCUAACGCAAAAUCAAAUUUGUUAAUCAGUAUCAUAUUCUUGAAAGUCUGUUCACACUUGUAACUGUGAGAUUUAAUGAAUGCAUAAGACUAUUCACUACCAUUCUAAAUGGUGACGUGUUCUAUUUUUUGAAGCAGUUCUUUUGUAUUUUAAACGUAAAAGACAAAAAUGAAGUACAUAUUAUUUCAAAUGUAAAAACCAGUCUAUCAGACCUACAAGGUAUGAAUUAAACAUUUACUUAUGUUAUAAGUUUUUCCUCAGAUGUCUCCUAAUAAAUCAUGUUCAGAGCUAUCUAUUUGGGAAUAAAUUCCUCAGCAAGAUAUGAGGUGAAAUGAACAUUACCACAACUCAGUUUGACCAAUGAUAUCUUGUAACUGAGGAAACAGCCCUGAGUGAAAAGUAAUCCAUGAGAAAUCUCAGAGAAUAUGUAAGCCACAGAUAAUCUAUUUCAUGAAAGAUUACAAAAUAGAAAGCAUAUAUACACCUGAGACAGUUUUGUAUCUUUUUUAAGGACAUACUUUUUUUCUAUGAAAGCCAAAGCUUUUUUAAGGACAUACUUUUUUUCUAUGAAAGCCAAAGCCAAUCUGUUCAUGUUCAUAGGUACUGGUCGUUAUACUCUUCAAUGUCGAUUAAAUAAAUAACGCGCUGUAAGUUUUAUAGGAAAGUUAAUUUUUUUUGGUGUCGGUCUUUUCUUUGGAUCUCCUCCCGCUGGCAACAUUGUUAUUAUUUAUGAUGCUUCAGUGCAUUCCCUGUCUGCAUCAGAUUUGACGCAUAGCUGCCACCAAAGGAAGUUAAAUGUCAACCAUAAAGGAAAUUUAGAUUCUUUUGCUGUGGAAACCACAUCAUUAGCAGUGGUAACCUUUAAAAAAACCACAAGUGCAAAUGACAUAAUAUACCCCAGUCAAUUCUUGCGCCUAAUAUUUUAAAUGACCACGAAAUUUCCUCCAACGGUGGAAUCAAUAUAUAAAUAUGUACUACGUAUGAUAUUAGUUUUUUUACGUAUAUGAAUUUAAGUUUAGAAAGAGUAAAAGCUGCUACCUGUACAGUAUUUGCAAUAAAAUGUUUUUAUCGUUAAAAAUGUC